AUGUGGUAUUUAGUCCAGACAGACCAAUUCUCAUUCUCCCAACCAAUUGGAUCUGGGGGAGGCGAAUCAUUUGUUCUCACUGGAGAAGGUCCCAUUACCUCUAUCAGGCUAUGGGAGAGAUACAACAGCUAUGUUACUGGAAUCCAAUUGCGCUACGGUGCAACAUGGUCUCAAGUAGUUGGGUAUCAACAAGGAACAGUCAGCGAGCUUGAGCUAUUCAAGGAUGAAGCUGUUAUUCAGAUUUCAGGAAAGUGCACCAGCUACGUGCAGUCGGUUGUGUUCAUGACCAAUAAGAGCCGAACAUUGCAAGUAGGCCAGCCGCGUGGCAAGUGCUUCAACAUGUACGCCGCUAACAAAGAAGCCACACUGCGCAUCAUCAGCGGACGAUUUCAAAAUGGUUUUAGAUCCUUCGCAGCCCACUGGAACGUGUAAUU